AUGAAUAUUGCCAACAACAUUAAGAGUACUAUUCCACAAACAGAUAGUGCCAGGGAAUACCCAAAGUUUGUGGAAGAACGUUUUCGUUCUGCAGAUAAGUCUCUCGCUGGUACGCUAAUGGUUGAACUCACGACCAUGAAGUUUGAUGGGUCAUGUUGUAUGCAAAAUCAUAUCAUCGAGAUGACUAACAUUGCAGCAAGACUUCAGACCUUGGGGAUGAAAGUGGAUGAUUCCUUCUUGGUUCAGUUUAUUCUGAACUCGUUGCCUCCCGAGUAUGGACCUUUUCAAAUUAACUAUAACACUAUUAAGGAUAAGUGGAAUGUUAGUGAAUUGUCCAGUAUGCUUACUCAGGAGGAGUCAAGACUUAAGAAACAAGGGAGUCAUUCAAUUAACCUCAUGGGUCAAGGAGCUGGUAAAGGACUUAAAGUGAAGGCCAACAAGCUCAAGAAGAAGAAGGCACCUGCUAAAGCUCCACAGGAUGCUAAGAAGGAACAUAAGGCAGAUACGUGUCGUUUCUGUUACAAGGAAGGACACGAUCAGAAAUAUUGCCUGAAACGUAAAGCUUGGUUCGAAAAGAAAGGUACAAUUAGUGCUUUUGUAUGUUUCGAAUCAAAUUUAAUAGAAGUUCCUAAUAAUACUUGGUGGCUCGAUUUUGGUGCAACUGCUCAUGUAUCUACUACGUUGCAGGGAUUCCUUACGAUCCAAACUACAAAUCCAAAUAAGGAUUUCUUGUUCACGGGAAAUCGUAUGAAGGCUCCAAUUGAAGGCAUAGGGACUUAUCGUUUGAUCAUGGAGACUGGACGUCACCUUGAUCUAUUACAGACUCUUUAUGUACCUUCAGUUUCUAGGAAUUUGAUUUCUCCUUCAAGACUUGAUGUUUCUGGAUUUGAUUUAAAGUUUGGAAAUGGAUGUUUCAAUUUAUAUAAGAAUGAUAUUUUUAUGGUUCUGAAAUAUUUUAUCACUUUUAUCGAUGAUUUUUUACGUUAUGGAUACAUCUAUUUGCUGGAAGAAAAAUCUCAAGCAACAGAUGCUCUCAAGGUAUUUGUUAAUGAGGUUGAAAGGCAAUUAGAUAGAAAGGUGAAAAUCAUUAGGUCAGAUAGAUGUGGUGAAUAUUAUGGAAAGUAUAAUGAAUCAGGACAAUGUCCAGGUCCAUUUGCAAAGUUCCUCGAGGAACAUGGCAUAUGUGCACAGUAUACUAUCCCAGGAACACCUCAACAAAAUGGUGUUGCAGAAAGGCGUAAUUGA